UGACAGGGUUGAAUUCGACGUCAAGAUGGCUGCGUCGUGAAUAAGGAAAUCUCGCAGACACAGACGCCAGCUAGUGCCCUCACUGAAACGAACAGAAUUUUUCACUUAUUUCAGAACAGUAUUACAACAGUGGGAGGUAUCAGCUUGAAUCACAACAAUGAUCUGGAACUGAAACUGAAACAAUCCCGUGGAUGAAGGACGUGAGAAAUACUUUCCAUUAAAGCAGACAAAGGAACAAGAACUCUUCAUUCUCCGCGCAGAGUGCGGAAAGAUAAAAGCUGAUAAAGGACAAGCGACCUUAUGUAACAAGAGGGACACAAGCCGAAAAACCCAUCUGAGUGCCAACAGUCCCAUACUAUAUAUGUACACCUGCAUCAUGAAUAUUCUGGAAGCCUUAGAGCCUCAGAUUUGUUUUACAUAUCUCAAAUGACUUCCGAAAAUCUAGUGAAUUAUAUAUAAUAAUUUUAGUACUUUUUCUUCAGAAUCGUAUAUUCAUUUUUAUUGGGAAAUACGGAUUUUCUUUCGCUGUUGCGGGAACAAAGAGAGUGAGAGACUAAUCAAAGGACACAUUUCAUUACAACAAUAAAACCACACUUAAGGUUGCAAGAUAUUUAUACAGAAAUUAAGCUUUGAGAAAACUAGCUGAACGCAAUGUUAAUACAAAUAUAACACAGUCAUAUGCAGACACAAAUAAUAUUUCUAAAUAUUAGAAAUUUUGAAAGAAAUUGUAAUUUAUUAAUACAAAUAAAUUUUGGUAAAGAUGCAAAUAUAUUUUCGAAUAAAGCCUUUUGUUCAGAACGCCCGAGAACUCAGUGCUUAGCAGUGUGAUACGUCGGUUAUUUUAUAACUGACAGUCUGUGAAGCUACUUCAUAUUGUUUAGGAAUAAAAGUAAAAAGAUUUUAAAUCUCUAACAGCUAAGUUUCUCUUAAUUAAACCAACGAUAAAAUGAUUUAUAAUAGUAUCUAACCAAAUAAUUUAUUGGAUAUAAAUAAUUUAUUUGUUGCAAAUUAUUAUAACGUUUUCUUGGACACAAAAAUAACCGGCGUGCAAAUAUCUAAGAAAACGCCCUAAGGCAGAUUUACUCCUAGACCUAAUAUGUCAAAGAGAUGAUUACUCAAGAAUAAAUUUCACGAAAUAUAAGACAAAGGAACAUCUGACGUAAGCGUUAGCCACCUCCGGGGUUGUUGACAUAAGAACCAGAACAACUGUCGGCAAAGGAGGACAACUUUGAAGGCCGUGGGGCGCCCAGAAAGAAGCCAAAAUCAGAGAGAAAUCAAAGUUCAGAGAAGAAGCGCUUCUGUUUUAAGAGGAAGACGACCUCGUCGCCGUCUGGCGGCGUUACUGUCGGGAGAGGGGCUGGCGUCACUUGUUUUAGGGUAAUGGAGGAGAAUUCUGGACAGUCCAUCCGGGGGCGACAGGACCCUUCCUUGGAACUGGCGCGGCAGAGAGCAGAGCUUCUGGGCCUGCCCCCUCCGCCGGAACCGAGAGUGGUACAGAACAACACGAUACCAUCUUCACCUCCUCCGUCAUACGAACACGUCCUCGCUGAGACCAGAUUGGCAGCAGCGCAGGCAGAGUCCGCGUGUCACACCCCGGAUGAGGAGCGCAAGGAAAAGAGAACAGAGGUGAAGCGACCGGAAAUACUGCAUAAGUCGAGCAAGGAAUUGUAUCGGGCCGUGGCGGCCCAGUGGGGCAUCACCUGCAAGAUGAGUGACCACUGUCGGUGUCUGGACUGCCAGAGCCGCUACUUCGACUGCGAAUCUGACCAGAACGAUCAAGAAAAGACAGACGGUGGUCUCGGAGCAGGCACGCCGAUGUUCAUCUCAGAAGUGAUGCACGGAACGGCCUGCAAUAUCCUCUGAACUGAGCAGGUUUAAUGCCAAGCCGAUUCACGUGACCCGCCACUCUGUACUUGGAAGUUAUCUGCAGCUUACUCUACGAAUAUGGUAUUCUCCAUAUCUCUGGUGUACAGCUGUUGCAGACACAGACGAUGAAUUUGAAAUUUACCUUGUGUUCAUGAACAAAAGAAUAGGAUUUAUUUAUAUAACCUGCAGUAAAUAUUAUUUGUAAGAACUAAUUCUCUUUUUAUUAAGACAAUUGAAUAGUUUAAAUCAUGGUAUUGUUGGUUAUGACAUCAUGUAAUUUGGUAGGAUAACCAAAAUUUUGGAAGGAAACUUCUGCUUUUAACUUCAGCAUACAUGUCCACCUUCGAGACUACGUGAGUCAUAAGUCAGAUUAGAGAAAUAUAAUGUUCAUGUCAGUGAAAACCUCGGUUUUCCUACAGUUAAAAUACACUGAGUAUGUUUCUUGAAGGAACUGAAUUAAAUUAGAAAGCCGAGACAAUCUGGAAGACAUAAAGAUAAAACUGCAUUUCACUCAAUAUUUUUAUACAGUAACACCAAGAAAAAUUGACAGUUUAUAAUCACUUACUUUUUAAAAUAUUCCAUCUCUUUAUUUCAUAAUUUAACCACUUAUAUCUAUUACGGAAUCUAAGUUGCGUCAUCGUUAGGUAGUGACGUAGGCAUUUACGUCAUCAUUAGAAAGUUACUGUAAUAUUUUGUCAAUAUAAUUUUGUUAAUAAUACCCCAGCCCGCAACUCAAAUAUAUGGGUGCGGACAUUGCCUGUACACAUAACAUAACGCACAUUGGUUCGUAGAGCAGAUGGAUUUCACUAGACAUAACUUGUAUUCUGUGCGUAGUUUAUGAUGCGAAAAUCAGCAUACAGUGCAUAAUGAUCCAACCUUUUGUUUUUCCAGAUAAAAACAAAUUCUUUAGAGUCCAACAUUUCUUAUUUUAAUUAUCACAUAUACUAUUUUAAAAUAUUAGAUACUCGAAUGUUCAUGUAGGAUACGUGAUAUCUGGGGUUUUCAUGACAGUACCUGUUGGGAUGUUACUCCACGUAGUCUGUCAAAUGUUUACGGACGUUUCGGAGAAACGUUAUAAAACAUAUAAAAAGAACUACAUGGAUUAGUAUUCUAAAAGAUCGUGCUCUUCAUGUGUUGAAAGCUUCAGUACUCUGGACGGUACAUUCCAGAAACCCGAUGCCAUUCAGUAAGCUCCAGUCGCGGAAACACAAGAGCCAGAAAAUUACGAUUACGUUUUUAUUUUGUGCGCUAUGAAAUUCCCCUAUUCAUUCACGGGAUGUGGAACUGUUUCGUUUCCUCUGUGAACUGUAAAGUUUGUCUUAAAAUAGUACAUUGCCUUCAUUUCUCUAGUGGGCAGAAAUAAUGGGCAAGAUAUUUGACAUUUAAUGAUUUUGAAGAUACAAUACGAGUUAAGAAGGCCAGUGCCGCGAGCAGAAUCAGAAUGAACAUAUGUUAAUGGAAAUGUUAAAUCAAUGCAUAAAAUCGCAACAUAUAUAUAUAUAUAUGAACACUUGAUUUUGUUCAGGAAGCUACACUCAAAUUUCUAACAACGACAUUAUUUUGAUUGAAACGAAGUUAAGAAGAAUCACUUUUGCCAAAAUAUUACUAAAACCGUAAACUCAAAUAUGAGGAUGAAUGGAACUUAAACUUUGAUAGAGAAUAGAAUUUGGGCUCGGGCUUAACAUUUUUCCGUCAUUAAGAGAGUAACAAAUUUUGUUUACUUUUAACAAUUACUAUGUUUUGACUUCGACUUUCAUAGUUGCGGUUGACUUUUGUUAAUUUUCUUUUAGAAAAUUUAAAGUUCACUUUAUGAAAAACAUGAUUCGUCAGUUCACUCUGUCUUCAGCCACUAAUGACACACUGGCAUGAGGAUUAGUUUGUAAGUGUUUUUCAAUCUUUAUUCUCCGGUUCUAGCCUCAAACCCAAAUUUCUACCGACAUUAAAUAAAUAGAACAGGUUUUAUUUGAUUCAUUUCAUAAUCAUAAAAAUACAUAGAAAGAGAAAUUGUGGAAUGUUCUGCGUUGUCUAAGAUUAUAUUUUACACGAUUCUUGGAGUCCCAUUACAUGGAGAGUGAGUGGUUAUUAUGCAAAAUUGUAGCAUGCAGGAUAAGAAGAAAUGUCAUUGAGAAGAGACAGCAUUUGAACACAGGACUCGGUGAAGUUCCGCUGUUUCUAAGUCAGUUUCCGGCAUUCUACUUCCUAAUUGAAACUGUUACUAACUCUACAACAGAUAUUAAAGUAAGAAUUACAUCUUACACGGGCCUAUCAAAACUUACCGAUAUAAAAAUAUACACUGAAUAAAAAUAUAUUUUCAGAAAUACUUGUCGUGAAUUAUUCAUGAUGUUUUGUGUAUGUUCAUUUAUAUGUCUGCUUGUUGUAUAGCUAAUGCAAUGAGAUGUUGAGUAAAAUGUGCACAAAUUCGUAAAGUGAGUAAUUAACAGUAAUGUUUAAGCAAUGUGAACAAUAUAUUUGUGUGUUAUAGUUAUAAUAGUUUCAUCGCAUAUUGUUACCUUGAGAAAAAUGUAGAUCUUAUUAAUGAUUUCUCGAAACUAAGAAGACAUAAAAGCCAGUUUCAUGUACGUUUUGACCUAUAUUUGCACUCAGUGUCUGACAGAUGGCGAUUAGCGUGUUUCAGCGUGAAGGAAGUGAGAGGGGAAGACGAAUGGACAGACAAAUGAAGGGAUGGGGGAUAAAUGUGGUAGAAUAGAAGGAAGAAGAUUAAACAUAUGCAAGGGGCACAGGGAAGAUGGAAACCAUUUUCCGAAACUAAACUCACGAAUGUAGUAAAAGUCAUGGCGAAAUAAUGGGAUAACUCACGAUUGUUAACAAUUAAGUAUAAUUUCGGUCCCACAUCUUUGCUUGUCGUUAAGAACUUACUUAAAGUACUUUUAAUUCAUAAAAAAUAAAAAAUGGGGAGAUUUAACAUUGAAAUUUCAAGGUCCUUAAUUACAUAAAUGCUGUAGUAAAUAAUGCAUUUGCGAAUAUAACGGUACAGCACAACGUAAAGGAAUAUCGUAACAUUCGUGUCUGUGUUAUUAUUGGAAAGAAGAGGAUGUGUUAUAAAAUUUACUGUAUCAAUUUCCAUGGUUAUGAUCGUACUUGUGAAUUGACUGCUACUUCACAAUGUACUUCUCACUUUCGCGUCCAACAAGAUACAGUGAGAUGGAUGUCUGAUGUGUUUUUCUUUAUAAAAAUGCGGUUAAACUUCACUGUUUAGCGUACUGUCCAAAAAUUUCUUAUGCGUAGGCCCUACAACACAGUUUCAAGGGCCGCGCCAUAGCUCAACCGGUUAGUAGCUGGCUUCCUACCACGCCGGCCCAGGUUCGAUCCC